GUAGGGGGAGGCAGGAGCAGGAGGAGCAGGAAAACCAGUCGGCGGCGCGGAGGGAGAGGAGGUGGUCCUUUGCUAUCCUACCCCCCUUCUAGUCCCCCCUUCAGUUCCUCCGGCCUCCGCUCCGUUUGGGCUCCGGCUUACCCCCCCAAGAUCACUACCAGACUCGUCGGGCCCCCAAACCCCGCUCUCGCCCCACCUCACCCCCGGGCUCUUUUAACCCACGUUGCCCCCUCUCUGGCCUCUCCAAGUUCUUGCUCAGGCUCCCCUCCCGCUUCCCUGUCCGACCUCCCUUCGGCUUCUUCUCUAGCGCUUGCCAGCCCCAUUCGCCUAGUCCCCCUGCCCAUUCUGCGCCCGCGCCAGUAGCUGGGCAAGUACUGAGCUUCCUCUAGGUCCCCUCCAGGGACCUGGGAGCCAGAGACGAAGAAGAUGUCCGGGGACAGGCGGCGGCCGCGCCCUUGGCUCCUGUGGCUGCUCCUGAGGUCGCUGUUUCGGUCCGAGGUGUGGGCUGGACAGUUCUGUCCCAGUGGGCUCUUCCCUUGGGGAGAUCUGUGCUGCAACACCUGCCCCCCAGACUGGGGGACCUCAGAGCCCUGUGGAGAAGCUGAUGUGAAGUGUAAACCAUGUCUUUCCCAUGAGACCUUGUCCUCAGAAGGCACUUCUGAGCCCUGCCAGCCAUGUUGCAGCUGCCCCAUUGGACACUUUCUCAACAGCACCAACCACUGCCAGCCAUGCAAGGCCUGCCCCCCAGGCAGUGAAGCCAGGAUUCCUUGUGGGAAGGACACUGACACUGUGUGCCAGCCCUGUCCUCCAGACACCUAUUCAAAGGAGAGCAGUUUCCAAGAGCCCUGCAAACCCUGUACCCAUUGCAAUCAGAGCAAAGUUGUGGUCCUGGCCUGUACUCGACUCUUUGACACACUUUGCAUGGGACUGGGGAUCCCCUCUGGGGCAUCUGAAUACCUAUGUGUUGCCCAGUAUAUUCGUAGGCCUUGGAGCACAGAUGAGGAACUGCAUGUCCUGAUCCGUGACGCAGAAGCCAAGGGCACAGACUCCAAUGUCUCCUCCACCUUCCCCUUGCCUCCCAGGGAUUCUGGUGUGAUCAUCCCCAUAUACUGCUCCCUACUGGCAGCUGUGGUGGUCGGACUCCUAGCCUAUGUUGCUUUCAAAAGCUGGAGAACCUGUAAACAGAAACAACAGCUGGCAAAGGCUCGGAUUGGGGAGCUGGGUGUCGCUGAGGGGGAGAAGCUACACAGUGACAGCAGUGUCUGCUUGGACACAACAGGACUCCAUGAACUCCAUGGCUUGGGCAAAGGGGCCCAGACGGAACCCCGUCAGUGGCAUCUCUAUGAACAACUACCCAGGAAGCAACAAGAGGAGGUGGAGCAGCUGCUGGUGGCAGGCAGCCCACCCAGAGCAGGCUGGCAGGUCUUGGCAAAGCAACUGGGCUAUGAAGCUGAGGCUGUGGAAGUGAUGGGCCAGGGCCCAGCACCUGCUCACACUCUGCUAUGCAACUGGGCCACUGAAGGCGGGGCAGGAGCCACCCUUGAGGUCUUGGAGACAUCACUGAAAGCAAUAGGCCGAGAAGAUGUGGCUAGGGCCCUGUGGAGUCCUGAUGAGGGUAAUUCCAUGGUAUGAAUCUUGGGCCCUGGCUCUGUCAAACUGGGGCUUUCCCCCCCCCUUCCUCCAUCACCCUGCUUCUCUCAGGGAAACAUGGCUGGCUGCUUUGACUUCAGGGUUCAUCCCCUCUAUACCUCUCACCCAGCCAGGCUCCUAGUAUCAUAGCUCUGCCUAUGAGGAAGGCUUAUGAGGCCCCCAUGCCCUUUUUCCCUGGCCCCAGAAGGUGGUUCGUAAUGUCCAAUGGAUAGGAAUGGGCUUUGGUCCCCAUUUUAUUGCCCCACAGUGAAGUCCCUUGAGAACUAGGGGCUGGAUGAAGUAAUGGAAGGCCCUCUUGACCUUCCUGCCAGGAUGGGAAGUUUCCAUUUCUUUGAAGUAGGAAUUAGGCUUAGGGGGAGAGGGCCUCUGAACCCCUACCUCUACACCGAUAUUUGGUCCCACCAUUUAUGUUUACAAAUUAAAGGAUAACAUGUCUAACCUC